AUGGCGGAUCCAGCCGAAUGCAGCAUCAAAGUGAUGUGUAGGUUCCGGCCACUCAACGAAGCUGAGAUCCUCCGCGGGGACAAAUUCAUCCCCAAAUUUAAAGGCGAUGAGACCGUGGUGAUCGGGCAAGGAAAGCCAUAUGUGUUCGACAGAGUGCUGCCUCCCACCACGACCCAAGAACAGGUUUACAACGCGUGUGCCAAGCAAAUUGUCAAAGAUGUCCUUGAGGGUUAUAAUGGGACGAUUUUUGCGUAUGGACAGACGUCAUCAGGAAAGACGCACACCAUGGAGGGGAAGCUACAUGACCCUCAACUCAUGGGCAUCAUCCCAAGGAUCGCACACGACAUCUUUGACCAUAUCUAUUCCAUGGACGAAAACCUGGAGUUCCACAUCAAGGUUUCCUAUUUUGAAAUCUACCUGGACAAAAUCAGGGACUUACUCGAUGUAUCCAAGACAAACUUGGCCGUUCAUGAAGAUAAAAACAGAGUCCCGUACGUAAAGGGGUGCACCGAGCGGUUUGUGUCAAGCCCGGAGGAGGUCAUGGACGUGAUAGAUGAAGGCAAAGCAAACCGCCACGUGGCUGUAACGAACAUGAAUGAACACAGCUCUAGAAGUCACAGUAUCUUCCUGAUUAAUAUUAAACAAGAGAAUGUAGAGACUGAAAAAAAACUCAGUGGGAAGCUUUAUCUGGUUGAUUUGGCUGGGAGCGAAAAGGUCAGUAAAACUGGUGCUGAGGGAGCUGUUCUCGACGAAGCUAAAAAUAUCAAUAAGUCUUUGUCUGCUCUUGGAAACGUGAUCUCUGCCUUGGCAGAAGGGACGAAAACACACGUGCCAUACCGGGACAGCAAGAUGACUCGGAUUCUUCAGGACUCUCUGGGUGGGAACUGUAGAACCACCAUCGUUAUUUGCUGUUCUCCCUCGGUAUUCAAUGAAGCUGAGACCAAGUCAACGCUAAUGUUUGGACAAAGGGCUAAGACCAUCAAGAAUACAGUCUCUGUGAACCUGGAGCUGACAGCAGAAGAAUGGAAGAAGAAGUAUGAAAAAGAGAAAGAGAAAAACAAGACUUUGAAGAAUGUUCUCCAGCAUCUGGAGAUGGAGCUAAACAGGUGGAGAAAUGGAGAAGCUGUGCCUGAGGAUGAACAGAUCAGUGCUAAGGACCAGAAGCCCCUGGAGCCCUGUGAUAACACCCCCAUCAUAGACAACAUUGUUCCUGUGGUUGCUGGCAUCUCUGCAGAGGAAAAGGAGAAGUAUGAUGAGGAGAUCUCCAGUCUCUACCGACAGCUGGAUGAUAAGGAUGAUGAAAUUAACCAGCAGAGCCAGCUGGCUGAAAAGCUAAAGCAACAGAUGUUGGAUCAGGAUGAGCUUUUAGCUUCUACAAGAAGAGACUAUGAGAAGAUUCAGGAGGAGCUAACACGUCUCCAGAUUGAAAAUGAGGCAGCCAAAGAUGAGGUGAAAGAAGUUCUCCAGGCCCUGGAGGAGCUGGCUGUCAAUUACGACCAGAAGUCACAGGAAGUGGAGGACAAGACCAGGGCCAAUGAGCAGCUGACAGAUGAGCUGGCCCAGAAAACGACUACAUUGACAACCACACAAAGAGAGCUGAGCCAGCUGCAAGAGCUUAGCAAUCACCAGAAAAAGAGGGCUACCGAGAUCCUGAAUUUGCUGCUGAAGGAUCUGGGGGAGAUAGGAGGAAUUAUUGGCACCAAUGAUGUGAAGACGUUGGCAGAUGUGAAUGGAGUCAUUGAGGAGGAAUUCACCAUGGCCCGGCUGUACAUCAGCAAGAUGAAGUCGGAGGUUAAAUCUCUGGUGAACCGCAGUAAACAGCUCGAGAGCGCCCAGAUGGACUCCAACAGGAAGAUGAAUGCCAGUGAGCGGGAGCUGGCAGCCUGCCAGCUGCUCAUCUCCCAGCAUGAAGCCAAGAUCAAAUCCCUGACAGACUACAUGCAGAACAUGGACCAGAAGAGGAGGCAGCUGGAAGAGUCCCAGGACUCGCUCAGUGAAGAGCUGGCCAAGCUCCGAGCCCAAGAAAAAAUGCAUGAAGUCAGCUUCCAGGAUAAAGAAAAGGAACAUCUGACCCGGCUGCAGGAUGCUGAGGAAAUGAAGAAGGCGCUGGAGCAGCAGAUGGAGAGCCACCGGGAAGCUCAUCAGAAGCAGCUGUCCAGACUCCGAGAUGAAAUCGAGGAGAAGCAGAAAAUCAUCGAUGAGAUUCGGGAUUUGAAUCAGAAACUGCAACUGGAACAGGAGAAGCUCAGUUCUGAUUAUAACAAGCUGAAAAUAGAGGACCAAGAGAGAGAAAUGAAACUGGAAAAGCUCUUAUUGCUCAAUGAUAAAAGAGAACAAGCCAGAGAGGACCUCAAAGGGCUGGAGGAGACAGUGUCUCGAGAACUACAGACUCUGCACAACCUCCGUAAACUCUUCGUCCAGGAUCUGACCGCCCGGGUUAAAAAAAGUGUAGAGCUGGACAGCGACGAGGGAGGAGGCAGUGCCGCCCAGAAGCAGAAAAUUUCCUUCCUGGAGAAUAACCUGGAGCAGCUCACUAAGGUCCACAAACAGCUGGUCCGGGACAACGCAGACCUGCGCUGUGAGCUGCCCAAGCUGGAGAAGCGCCUGCGUGCCACGGCCGAGCGCGUCAAGGCGCUGGAGAGCGCGCUGAAGGAGGCCAAGGAGAACGCCAUGCGGGACCGCAAGCGCUACCAGCAGGAGGUGGACCGCAUCAAGGAGGCUGUGCGAGCCAAGAACAUGGCCAGGAGGGCCCACUCAGCCCAGAUCGCCAAGCCCAUCCGCCCUGGACACUACCCAGCAUCGUCUCCAACGGCCGUCCACGCCAUCCGAGGGGGAGGAGGCAGCUCUUCAAACUCCACUCACUACCAGAAAUAAACACAAAAUAUGACUCUCCACGUAGCAUGUCAAGGACUACAUUAAUCACCAAUUCCUUUACUUUUUUUCCCACCUACACAAUUUCCAUUUUCUUUUAUACUUGCUCACCCCCGCCAUCUGCAGUACACCAGUUUCAGAUAUUUGAGCUGUGUAGAGUUUCUGUGUACAGAUGUGUGCUUGGACUUUUCUCUUCCCGAGAAAUCUGAAGGGGGCAAUUACAGAAGAUCCACUUACUCCUGGGAUCUGUUGCUGUGGCCCUGGGCUUGGGGCACUGGGUGGUCCCUGGGUGGUCCUUGGAGACUCCUUCUCUGCAGCCACGUCCCAGCAAAUACCAUUCCCUGGAGGGGAACAACCAAGUGCCGUGGAGGCAGCAGCUUCUGCUUCGCCGCCGCAACUGUCUGGUUUCCUGUAAAAUAAACACAUUACUUUAUAUUUUUAGGGAACACAAAAGUGCUGCUAUAGGGCUCAACAUUUUCAUUCUGGACGCUUUUCCAAAACAAGUCACCCCAAAGACGUAUUUUGAAUAUCCUGGUUGCAUCUUUGGAUCUGUAAAAUACACCUUUUAGUAUGGCACCCGUUAAAAUGCAAAGCAAAUUUCUUCCAGGCAGAAAAACAAUGACAGUAGCAAUGUAGAAAUUGUUCACUCAGACACAUCUGUGUAAAUGGGAAAAGUCAUAGCAUUCACCUCUGAGCUGCUUGCUAUUGAACCUGCAGUGACUAGUCUCAGCCACCCCAGGUAGAACAUCAUUCCUUCAGAAGUGUUGAAAAUGCUGCAAAGUUGGAUGAGUGGAAGUGCGGCUGCCCCCCUCCUUGCUUCCUCUUCCCUCAUCCUACUGGAGCUUGCAUCAGGGAUGGCCUCUUUCUCUACGGAACCAUCUUGAGCCUGGUGGGGGUAUUGCUGACGAAAUCCAGGAUCAUUCCAGCCGUUGAAAAAGGAAGCCCUAGGGGGAAAGCAAUUGACAUAUUUUUGUGCCUAUGAAUAAAUUGCCAUGAAUAAUUUGUUAUAUUAACCCAUCCUUGCCGACCAUUUAGUUGAGUUCUCUCCUUGGCAUCAAAUAGAUAGGUUUCCUCUUAGGCAGAAUUAGAAGAAAUCAGUGUGGAUGGAUUUUUUACAUUUGGCUAUUGUUUUAUUCAAAUACAUGAAUCUAAAGCUGAAUCAACUCUUAUUUCCAGUUGUACAUAUUAAAAUGAUCGAAUUCCAAGUAGUAAAGUUUUCAGGGAAACUGACAAGGAUUCAAUUAAGUUAGUCUUGUGUGCUGCUACUUGUUUUGAUAAAUUUGAGGGUUAACUACUUGUUUUGAUAAAUUUGAGGGUUAAGUCAAUGAUAAGCAAACCAGUCUCAGUGAAAGCACCCAUCCUAUGGUUGUGUCAGCCCAGGAUGAGUGAGCUGGUACUGUCCCUGCUGCUGUCAUCACUGGAAUGAAAUUUUGCCAGAAGAGACGUUGCGUUUUCUCAUUGCUGGUGGGUGAAAGAUAGUUCAAGUGUGUGUGUGUGUGUGUCUGUGUGUCUGUGGAUAAAGCACUAAAGACUGAAUUGACUUCUAGACUUUUCUUGUAUAAAAUUUCCCUAACCAAGCAAAGCUGCUUUGACUUAAUUUAUUUGUUAAAUGUUGCACUUUGUUUAUGUGUGGAUUUUUUUUGGGGGGGGCAGCUAGUAAGUAGAGAGAAGAGGACGAAUUCUACUGACGUAUUUAUUUAGUAAAAAUGACAAUUUUGCAUUCAUUUACGUUUUAAAAAUUCUGUUUGAUUUUUUUUUUUACAUUGUUGCUAGUGCUCACCCAACAUAACUGCUCCAAUGCUAUUUGCCGUCUGACAGAAGGAUCCUUGUAGGGCAGGCUUUGCAAACCUUAUCAGGUAAUAACAUAUGCCACAGAUUAUAACCUUGCUGUUAAGAUGUUUGCCUCCUAUUUUAGAAGUUAAAACCGGCCUUUGAGAAGAUCGCCAAAUAAUAAAUUAUCAUACCACUGCUAUCUGUUAUACAACUGUGUAACUGCAUAGUUGGAAAUUGAACAAAGGUUAGGAGCUCUUUCCUUUGGGCUCUCUUGUUAACAGAUUAUUUUAGAUUUUUUCCGAAGUAAGUUUUCCCUGGGCACCCCUUUUCUAAUUCUAAAGAAGUGUUUGGCCCUUUCAUGUUUCAAAAAGAAACAUUCACUUGUAGUUCCAUGUUUCUUGAUCUCUAUAAAGGACUCACAAAAUUCAGUUUACUUUUAUUCACAGAGAAAGUUGGCUUUGAUGUCUCUUAAAGAUAAUUCUGCUAGUUGCUGAUCAGCCAGUCAGUUCACCUAGCUUCAAUCUUUAUAGGACCUCUAAACUAAUUUUCCUACACUGUGACUAAAAGGUAGGCAGAUCAUGGGAAUGGAUUAUACAGUAUAUUCAAAUGGAUCCCUAAUAUUUCUUUGUUUAAUAAGGUAAUAUCAGGGGCUUCCCUGGUGGCGCAGUGGUUGAGAGUCCGCCUGCCGAUGCAGGGGAAACGGGUUCGUGCCCCGGUCUGGGAAGAUCCCACAUGCCGCGGAGCGGCUGGGCCCGUGAGCCAUGGCCGCUGGGCCUGUGCGUCCGGAGCCUGUGCUCCGCAACGGGAGAGGCCACAACAGUGAGAGGCCCACAUACCGCAAAAAAAAAAAAGUAAUAUCAGGACCACAUAUUCUGUAGGCCUCUUUUGUUAAAAGCCACAUUUAUGCAAUUUUCACUUUUUUUAGGCUAUUGUUCCUUUACAUUUGUACUCCAGGUGUAAAAACCACAUUUGUGAAUGGCUGAGCCUAUGAUUAUAUUUUUGGUUGUAUGCUGCUUUUUGCUAGUGUGUGUGUGCUUGCGUGUGUGUGUUUCUCUUCUCUGAAUAAUUUUAUAUUUCAUGCUACUUCUUGAAAGUUUACUCUUUGAUGCUAAAAGGGAAUAACCAGAUGAUUUCUAAAAAUAAUGUCUCCCUGCAGGAUGGUGGAUUGUUAAAUUAGAGGAAUGCUGUUUGCUAUAUCAACAUUUAUGGUCAGAGACUAAAAUAUAUUAAUGCCAAGUGUGUUUUGGUCAAUAACUGGAGAAUUCUGUUUAAAUGCAUCAUCUCUUCCAAUGUUUUACAGUUUGCCAUGUGGAAUGGCAGGUAGUAGGGAGAAAAAUAAGUGUGGAUUAAGACUUUUACAGGAAAUAGUAUCAUAUGAUUAAGAAAAUUAGAAUUCGUAGAAAUAUUGGGAUAAGUGAAGAAAUAAAAACGUCUGUCUAGAAUGUAGCAUCUAGAGAGUUUUUGGAAGCCCUACCUUCACAUGAGGGCGUGAUAUUCCUGUCCAAAACCAAACUAAGCCAUCAGCAAGACUCACGAGGGGAUUAUUACCUCUCCUUUCCUAGAGGAAUAGCCAAAAGCAAAUAAAAAUUCUUAACAGUCCCCUCUUUGAAGUGUAUUUUUUAAGCAGGGUGGAAAACAUUUAGACUCUGGCUUUAUGACACAUUAGGGAAGUUGUUUGUUGGCAGGGGGCAGGAGGUGGGGGACCCGGAGGAUUUCACUUAUAGAUUGUCGCACCCGCAUAUUGUGAGCAAGCUAAAGGCACCAUCACAGUCUAAAAUGCCUUCAUUGAACAAUAACAGUUUAGACUUUUUAGAAAGUAUUGAAUAAGGGUCAGGGAACAGCCGAAGGCAGUACCGGUCCAUGAAGUCUGCUUACACAUUUACAAAUUGUCCAUCCGUUUAAAAUACUUGUCACCGUGUGCAGAUAUAAGGGGAAUAGGGCACUCUGUAGAAUUAUACAUGUCUAGUUUGUAAAGUAUGUCGUGUGUACUGCAGAUGUAUGUUCUCUGGGCUUUGUGUAUCUGUACAGUAGCUUUCAUUAAAAAAAAAUUGUGGACUAACUUGUUUUGGUGGUGUGAGGGGGAGAAGGGCAAUUUAUAUCAAGUAACGAUGCUGUAAUAUAGUACAUGUAACAAAAGAUCUGGAGUAACCCUUCCCUGGCCCAUGGAAAAUUUUGGUUAUCUUCUAGGUUCUAAAAUGAAGAUGUAUGGAUACUCUGGCGGACUGCAUGUUGUAUAAUUUGAAAAAUACUAAAAGUGGAAAAUAAAAUUGAAUUAAACUUUG